AUGUCAAGACUAAAACAAAGUUAUACUACAAACAACAAAAGUUCAACCUACUGCGUGAAGAAAGUGAAGGAUAUGCAAAGCUUGUCACUGAACUUAAUCAAGAGAUCACAGACAAGACAACUUACACACAGGUGUUAGAGAAUCUUAAAUCGCUUAUAGGGUGCUUUGACUUGGAUCCUAACCGUGUGUUGGACAUCUUGUUAGAAUCAUUUGAGCGUCGUCCAGAACUUGAUGAUUUCUAUGUGCCACUCUUCAAAGAAUAUGUCACAGAGCAAAAGACACUGUGUCACAUCCUUGGUUUCAAAUUCCAUUUCUUCAAGGCAUGAGGAAACCCCAGCCAGUCUGUACACACUCGCGGCCCAUUUACUGCAGAACGGACUGAUUGACUUGGACUCCCUCUAUCCCCAUCUAUCGCCCCCAGAUGCAAAGAUUCGGGAACACCAUCAAAAGGAUAUAGAUGAUGCCAAGGCCUAUGCCAGGAAACUAAGUGUUGUAAUUCUGUCUGAACGUUCAGAGGACAAAAAGGAUGAUGAUACAGUCAAAGUUGAUGUGCAUGUGACCAACCAGAAGUUGGGAUUAAUUGAGGCCUUAUUGGGACUGGGAGCUUGGAGCAAUGCCAAACAGAUUCUUGAUCGGCUGCCUGAAUUCUUUGCCACCACACAUAAGCCCAUCGCAGUAGCUUUGUGUUCUCUGGUGCAUUACAUGAUGGACCCUGUUUACAGGAUGAACUCAGGACUGCCAAGUAAGAUCCUGAAGAGCAAGGUGCCUGAUGGUGGAAGAUUCGGCAGCAAGGUGGCACAGGCACAUACAUUCCGAGACCUACAUCAGAUGGUGCUGCCAAUCAUGAGAUAUAUUGGACCAUAUACUUCCUGUGACCCGAUUCUCAUGGUCAAAAUAAUCAGAAUGGGCAAGAAUUUCAUGGGAAAGAGACAUAGUGGUGGUAUCAGUCCUGAUGACGAAGUUGCUUACUACGGCUUCCUCAACAUGUUGGACGAAGCAUUGUUACCUGGCAUGGUGCUUUUACCCUGUAACUGUUGCAUCUCGGAGGAGCUGUGGGGCUUUAUCAAACUCUUCCCAUACAUGCUAAGAUAUCGUUUGUAUGGAAACUGGAAGAAUGAUACUUAUAGUCAUCAUGCGAAGCUGAUUCGAGCUCGAGCUGAUUGUAUGGAGAGGGCCAAGUACAUAAUGAAACGUCUAGCAAAGGAGAAUGUGAAGCCAUCUGGACGUCAGCUUGGAAAACUUAGUCACAGUAACCCAGGGGUUGUGUUUGAAUAUGUACUGUCUCAGAUCCAGAGAUAUGACAACUUCAUUGGACCUGUAGUGGAUUCUCUCAAAUAUCUCACUUCACUAUCUUAUGAUGUGUUGGCUUUUUGCAUAAUUGAAGCAGUGGCAAAUCCAGAGAAGGACCGAAUGAAGUAUGAUGACACAAAUAUCUCCUUGUGGCUGCAGAGUUUGGCAAAUUUCACUGGGUCUAUCUGUCGGAAGUACAACAUAGAGUUGGCUGGGGUGAUGCAGUAUGUGGCCAAUCAGCUCAAGGCUGGCAAAAGCUUUGAUUUGCUGCUCCUGCGUGAAGUUGUCCAAAAGAUGGCAGGCAUAGAAGUUUCUGAAGAAAUUACUGGGGACCAGCUGGAUGCCAUGUCGGGAGGAGAGCUGCUUCGUCAAGAGGGUGGCUACUUUUCCCAAGUGAGAAAUACCAAAAAAUCAUCAACUCGUCUGAAGGAUACUCUACUGGAACAUGACUUGGCUCUUUCCCUAUGUCUGCUGAUAGCACAACAUAGAGAUGGGGUUGUAUUUCAAGAAGGUGCUGAUACACAUCUCAAACUUAUUGGAAAGCUUUAUGAUCAGUGCCAGGACACGCUGGUUCAGUUCGGGAGUUUUCUGUCCAUGCAGCUGAGCUCUGAGGAGUUUGUUAAACGUUUACCAGAUGUAGACACUCUCAUUACAACAUAUCAUAUACCCCCAGAUGCAGCCUUCUUUCUUUGUAGGCCUGCAUUUACAUAUGCAAUUAAUUCAAAGUUUGAUGAACUCAGGAAAAUCGACAAAAGCAGUAAACACAACUCCAGUCAACAGAAAAUGCUGAGAUAUAUAGAGGCAUCAGAGUUUGUCAAUGGUCCUGUGAUAGAGUUGGUGCGGCCACUGUACACUCCCAAAGUGUGGGAAGAUCUCAGUGCCCCUUUCUUCGUGACUUUUUGGUCCCUGCAAAUGUAUGACCUUGCAGUACCCUCCAAUGUGUAUGACAAACAGAACCAGCAGCUGAAUGCACAAAUCAAUGCUAUUGAGGAAAAUAAAGACAUGCCUCAGAGUAAGAAGAAGAAAGAAAAAGAAAGAUGUAACACACUGAUAGACAAACUGAAAGAUGAAGAGAAGAAACAGGGCGAACAUGUGGCACGUGUCCUCAAUAGACUCAAGAAUCAAAAGGAACAGUGGUUCAUCUCCAGAUCAACAAAGAAUGAGACGAUCACGCAGUUUCUUCAGCUGUGUAUAUUCCCCAGGUGCUGUUUUACAGCCAUUGAUGCCUUGUACUGUUCAAAGUUUAUACACAUACUUCACGACUUGAAGACUCCCAACUUUUCUACUCUCAUCUGUUACGACAGGAUAUUCUGUGAUAUUACCUACACUGUGACAUGUUGUACUGAGAACGAAGCUCAUCGUUAUGGUCGAUUUCUGUGUGCAGCACUUGAUACCAUUAUGAGAUGGCAUAGCAACAAGGGUAUCUAUGAAAAGGAGUGUGCCAGUUACCCAGGGUUUGUAACAGUGUUCCGUAAAGGUACAGAUAGUAACAACAAAGCUGAUCAGCUAGACUACGAGAAUUAUCGUCAUGUAUGUCACAAGUGGCAGUUCAGGAUUACAAAGGCAAUGGUGUCUUGUCUCGAGUCUGGAAAGUUCAUACAGAUUCGCAAUGCUCUCAUUGUGCUCACAAAGAUCCUGCAGCACUAUCCACGCAUCACACAGUUUGGCCAGGCACUGGAACGACGUGUGGACAGACUGAGACAAGAAGAGAAAGAAAAACGACCAGACAUAUAUGCCCUUGCUAUGGGAUAUUCAGGACAGCUUAAAAGCAAAAAAUCUUCCUGGGUUCAAGAAGCAGAAUUCCACUUGAAAGACAAAGAGGUGAAAAGCACUGUAAAGACCCCUAGUGCUACAUCCCAGCCAGCCAGUGCUCAGCCCACCAAUGGUGUCGCAGAGAAUGGGUCCAAAAAGACCAAUGGGGAGGUGAAAUCUCAAUCAAAGAGGACAGAAAAUGGUGAAGUUUUAAGUUCAAAGUCAAAGGAACCAAAGGAAAGUAAGGAAGUCAAAGAGAAGAAAUCACGUGAACCUGUGGAGAAGAAAGAAAAAUCAGAUUCUAAAUCCAAAAUAUCUUCUGAGAAGUACCCUGGAAAUGUUGAAGAGAGGAGAGAAGUAACAUCAAGCUCUAAAAAAGAGAAAGAAAACAGCUAUAAAGACAAAGAGGAGAAGUCAUCUAAAGAUAAAGAUAAGUCUCAUGUGGAGGAAAGGUCAACGAAAGAGAGAGGUCAUAGUAGCAAAGAAGUUAAACAUGUCAAGGAUGAGGACACAGAGUGGGUAGCCAAAGAAGAUCGAGGCCACUCCUCAAAAGAGUCAAAUAGGAUUAAAGAGGAGAAAGUCCGUAUUAAAGAGGAACCCAGAGAAAGGAAAAUCGAAAUAAAAGCAGAAAAAACAGUGAAACGUGAAGACAAACAUGAGAAGGUGAAACUGAAAAGAAUGUAUGACACUGAAACGAGGGACAGCAGAGAGGUGAGAGAUACAGGCAGGGACAUGGUGAGGGAGUAUCGGGAGUCACCCAAGGAGCGGGAAGGCCAUCGAGAGAGACGAGGAGAGGAACAUCCUGAGAGAGCUUCCAGUGUAGGUUCCAGUGGUAGCCAUGGAUCCGCCAACAUUCGUCGUAGCCCAGACAAGUCGCCUCAAUAUGCAGAUGAACGAGAUGGAAAACGACGUCGCCUGGACACCUCUGCCACACCUUCAAGUUCCAAGGAAAGUGUUCGGAGCGAAUCACGAGAAAGACACAAGCGGAGUCCAUCAUAUGAGAGGGAGAAGGAGCGAGACAGAGAUAGGAGGGAACGAAAAAGGGAAAGUCUAGAUGAUCGAGGUGAGGUGGAGACAAAGAGGAAGAAAAGUCUUGAGCCGUCCAGUAGUAAAUCAAGUUCAAAAGUGAAUGGAGAUGCAGAAAGACAUGUCAGCAAAUCUACAGAAAAAUCUCAGAAACAUGACAAAUUGAUGAGUUCGGCAGUAUUUCAGGAGGAGGAGGCAUCGCCACAGAGAACAAAAAAAGACAAGGAAAAGUCCAAGAAAAGUGACCGUAGUGACAAGGAAAAGAGUAAAGACAAAUCGUCCAGUUCAAAGAAGAGCAAAAAAUGAUGACAAGUGUUCUUAAAAUCAACAUUCAUUGAUACUUUGUAGAAAAUUGCCAAGAUAUACUGAUAAAUUAUUAUUUUUGACUGUUUAAUGGUCAUUGUAUAUAUAGAAAUCAUGAAGAUUGCUCGAUUUCUGACAGUGCUAAACACAUGAAUGGGGGGUGAAAGCGUUUUGGUCCGAAAGAAAACAAGAAUAUUUUCCUGGAUGGGAAACAUGCUGCAUCUGCUGUAUGAGGGGUGUGAAAGGACAGUGAUAUCAGUUCGUCAUUUGUUAAGUCUUUCAUUCAAGUUGGAAACUUGUUGAUUUUGUUAGUGAUAGUAUAAGUGGUGUGAGUGAAGUACACAGGAUGGACUAACAGUUCCUUAAAUGUUUUACUGUGAGCGACUGUCAAACUGUAUGUCUGAUGACAAGAUCAGUGCAAGUGGAAUCAUGGAACAAAACCAAACGUCUAAAUAUUUUAUUAUCAUGAAACUGAAACAAAGUAAAUAUGUUAAACAUGAAAAAA